AUGCUCUCAAAGCACCAAUUCAGUUUUCGCAGACUCCUUGCUACAAUUUUCUCUCGCUUCAUGGAAUUUCCUACUGAUGUCCCGGGAUUAUUUACACUCGGCGAGACUCGACUUGACGUCGCGGCAUGGCGAAGAAUGCUCUUGGAUAGCAAUCUUUCCUCGCAGUGUGUCCUUGAAAAAGUCUGGUUUUGCAAAGCUUCCAAACGCAAGAAGCAUGAAUUUCUUGUAUUGUAUUUUCGUCACUGGGAUCCUUCAGUGCCUGCGACCGCCCGUGUGGUCGUAGACCGUGCUCCAAAGUCAACUCCGAACGACAGUGGCUCCUCCACACCUAUUACUCAUUCGUCGGGCAUCGCUUCCCCUUCAGUCAAACAAACUCCUGCCCUUGACUCCGUUUCCACUACCCCAAACACAGGUACUAGCACUCAUCAGUACCUAGAAUCAAGAUACGGCCCAUACAAACAUCUUUGUACCCUCACAUUCUCUCCCGCAUCCACACCUCCCUCUGCAGCCCAGAUAUCGGUCCUCUUAUCUGUUAUAAGCACGCAUGCUCCCAACUACCACCUCUAUCAAUUUCAAUGUUACUGGUUCGCCAGUACUAUCUGGGAGGCCAUAAAACACCUCUUCCCAGGCUAUCUCGAGUCAACCUGGCAAGGAAUCCGCUCUCGCUGUUAUGGUUUUGAAGUGGAUAAGAUAGACAGCGUUAAAGUCGUGUGCGAGGAGUAUGCUAACGAGCAGAGGCGCCUCGAAAAUGAGGCAGAGCUGAAGAGGCAAGCCGAGCAAGCCAGAACACAACAGGUUAGUCUUUCAUGGACUAGAGGCAUCAUGUUCACAUUGCGAUCCUUGCAGAUAUGGAUGGAUGGUGUAGCUCAUGGUCUUGCUCAACAACAGGCGGUAAUUGACCGUUUGCUGGCGGAAAACCUCCAAUUACGAAGUACUCUGGGUUAA